UUUUUGUACCCAUGAGCUUAUUCCGAACCAAACUAAAAAAAAUCAGAAAUUUGAAAAAAAGACCCCAAAAAAAAAUAAAAUUCAGAUAUUGAUGCAUCAAUCAAUUCAGUCUUUCUCCACUUUGAGUCUUUGUGCCUGAAAGCCCUCUUCUUCUCCUAAUUUCCGAAUUCGGCCAUUUUUCUUUCAUCUCCCAAAUUCUUCCGCUUCGAGCUGCCUAGGCUUUUCAAUCUUCAUAAAGAAACGGUAAAAAAAAAGAAAAAAAAUUCCAAUUUUGAUCGUAUUGAGUUUUCGAUUGUAUGUGAAUUGUAAGCUUUGGUUGUGCAUAUGUGAAUUCUGGGAUUGUAUAUUGGAGAAUUCAAGCAUCAGGUCAGGUUCCUGGGACCAUGCUUCAAUCACAAAACGUAAUGGAUCUGCAAAAUCAGUUAUAUCAAUCUCAAAGAGCCCUUCCUGAGACAUCAUCAACAUCUCUAGAUUCCACUGCCCAGACUGGACAUGCAACUGGGGGUGAUUGGCAAGAGGAGGUAUUUCAAAAAAUCAAACUCAUGAAGGAGAUGUACUUAACCGAACUCAGUGAAAUAUAUCAGAAAAUUGCUACUAAACUUCAGCGGCCUGAUUCUCUUCCACAACGGCAGCUUGACAGACUGAAAAUUUUCAGGACCGUGAUAGAGCGCCUCAUAUCAGUCUUACAGAUUUCCAAAAGUUGCAUUUCACCUCGUUUGAAGGACAAGUUGUUUUUAUACGAAAAGCAGAUAGUAAAUUUUAUUUAUGCCUACGAAGCCAGUUUCUGCUCUGCAUCAUGGACAGCACCCGCAGCCGCCCCUCCUACCUGAAACGGCAUCGUGUCUUCCCUUGACAUGUGGAAUAUACACAUUUCGUAACUUGGUCUUAAAUAAAAUGCACAUAUUUGUGAUGAAAAAUUUCAGAAACUCGAGUGUUUGUCGAAGAAGAGCGAGAAACAAUUUCUAAACUGUUUCUAAUGCUCCUACUCUAGUAGGAACACUAUAUUUAUAAAUUAUGUGCUUGUAAUAAUCCUACAUCUUAUAUUUUAUGUUGUAUAUUCUUGUUCCA